GUCAGCCAACAGCUGAAGCUGCAGCGAAUGUGAACGUUUGGAUUGGAACAAUGGCGUUUCUGCCGCUUCUUUGGGCGUUUGUUGCUGACGGUUGUCUUGGUCGUUUCCGUACUAUCAUCAUCUCAUCUUCUCUCUACAUCUUGGGACUGGGAACGCUGUCGUUUUCAGCCAUGGUUCCUAGUGACUCCGACGAUUCGAACCAGCUCAAAGUGACUUUAUUCUUCUGUUCUCUGUUUCUAAUCGCAAUAGGACAAAGCGGUUACAAACCGUGUGCUAAGGUAUUUGGAGCUGAUCAAUUCGAUGGUAAUGAUCUAAAAGAGAGAAAAUCCAAGAGUUCUUACUUUAACUGGUUGAUGUUUGGAAGCUGUGUUAGUAUAACAACCACUCGCUUGGUCUCUAGCUACAUUCAAGAGGAUCUAAGCUGGUCCUUAGGGUUUGGUAUUCAAUGUGUUUCCAUGCUAUUUGCUCUGUUUCUCUUCCUCCUUGGAACUACCUCUUACCGGUUUACUUCUGAAAGAGGAGGAAAGAAAAACCCUUUUGCUAGAAUCGGUCGUGUUUUCAUGGAGGCAGUAAAGAACAGAAGACAACGAGGUUAUGAUAUAGUUAAUGCAAACGAAACCCUUUUACUGGCACACCAGAGUUCUGAGGAAUUCAGAUUCCUUGACAGAGCAGCUAUUACAUGUGGAUUUGCUGAAAUUGAAGAAGCAAAAUCAGUGCUUAGGCUUGUCCCUAUAUGGAUGACUUGCUUAGUCUACGCCAUUGUGAAUGCACAAUCUCCUACUUUUUUCACAAAGCAAGGAGCUAAAAUGGACAGGUCAAUCUCACCAGGAAUCUUAGUCCCCGCAGCUUCACUCCAGUGUUUCAUAAACAUAUCAGUUCUUGUCUUCAUCCCUAUCUACGACUGUCUAUUUGUCCCAAUCGCAAGAUCCUUUACGCAAAUCCCAUCAGGAAUCACAAUGCUUCAAAGGAUUGGCACAGGGAUUUUCCUCUCCGUUAUUGCUAUGGUAGUAGCCGCCUUGGUCGAAACCAAAAGGCUACAAACUGCUAGGGAUGACAUCACCUUGGUAAUGAGUGUGUGGUGGUUGGUUCCCCAGUACGUUCUCUAUGGAGUCGCGGACGGGUUCACAAUGGCGGGUUUACAAGAGUUUUUCUAUGAUCAAGUCCCUAGUGAGCUUAGGAGUGUUGGUAUGGCUAUGAAUCUAAGCAUAUACGGGGCAGGGAACUUCCUAAGUAGCUUUAUGAUAUCUGUCCUCGAUAGAGUCACGAGCCAGUCUGGUGAAACGAGCUGGUUCGAUAAUGACCUGAACAAAGGUCAUCUAGAUUAUUUCUACUGGCUAUUGGCUUCUCUCAGCUUCAUUGGUUUAGCUUUCUACUUGUGGUUAGCCAAGUCAUAUGUUUACAACAGAUCAAACACCUAGCCAACUGAAUUCAGCUUCAGAAAUGGACUUCAGAACCAACCAAAUAGAGAUAUGCAUUUUUGAAUUAGAAAAAAAUAUUAUGUAUAGCAAUUAAGCAAAAAUUGAGUUUCUUUCACAUACUAAGAACUUGUCUUAGGAAAUCAAUCAUCUCAGAUAUAUUUUUGAUUUAAAUUUACUCCAUCA